AUGACUACAACAUCAGGCAAGACUUGCUUUGUCACAAUCGGCGCGACAGCUUCCUUUGUCGGUCUCAUCAAAGCCGCACUCGCACCGGAUUUCUUGGCUGCGUUGAAGUCGCAUGGCUACACACAUUUACUUGUCCAGUACGGUCAAGAUGGCAAAGCGCUCUUCGACUCCUGCAUUGGAUCGCUAGAUCAAAUCGACAUUCACAUCAGCGGCUUUGACUUGGACAAGGCUGGACUUGCGGAGUACAUGCUUCAAGCCAAGGGCGAAAGGAAUACUGGCCGUCAAGAAGGAGUGGUAGUCAGUCACGCUGGCUCCGGCACGAUUUUGGAUGCUCUUCGCAUCUCUGUGCCGAUCAUCGUAGUUCCAAAUUCCGAGCUGCUGGACAAUCAUCAAGUCGAGCUCGCUGAAGCGCUUGCCGAGCAGGAAUAUGUCGUGCAUGGUAGCCUCCAUGCGCUCGGCCAAGCCUUAAACGAGGCAGCACAGUUGGGCAAGAAGAGCAAAUCCUGGCCACCACCUAACAGCGGGUUUCAUAGAGAAGCUCGAGGCCUGAAAGGCGUGCUAGACGAUGAAAUGGGCUUUCUGGAUUGAGCCUGUCCAUCGCUUGGAGACAACUCACGACCUUGUCGUACCC